CACUCCACAAUUUUGUACAACCAAAUUUAAAGUUCCUCAAUCUCUCCAAAUACAUUAUAUACAACAUUGUAUAUAAUCUUCUCUCAUCAAUAAUUAAUUAAUUUGUGAUGGAUGUAAUAAUUUCUCUACUAUUCUUCUCAUUUAUGGGAUUUUGCUUGACGGCAACUUACGGCGAUUACGGUGGUUGGGACACCGCCCAUGCUACUUUCUACGGCGGCGGAGAUGCUUCCGGCACAAUGGGAGGUGCUUGUGGGUAUGGAAACUUGUAUAGCCAAGGCUACGGCACCAACACCGCCGCACUCAGCACCGCUCUCUUCAACAACGGCUUGACAUGUGGCGCAUGUUACGAACUAUCGUGCGCCUCCGACCCGAAAUGGUGCCUAGGUGGCACAAUCACCGUCACCGCCACCAAUUUCUGCCCACCUAACCCUUCUCUGCCUAAUGACAACGGCGGCUGGUGCAACCCUCCCCGCCAGCAUUUCGAUUUGGCGGAGCCCGCUUUCUUGCAAAUCGCCCAAUACAGAGCCGGAAUCGUUCCCGUUUCCUUCCGAAGGGUGCCUUGCAAAAAGAAGGGAGGGAUCAGAUUUACGAUCAACGGACACUCGUACUUCAAUUUAGUGCUCGUCACGAAUGUCGGUGGUGCAGGGGACGUCCACUCAGUUUCGAUUAAAGGUUCCAACACCGGAUGGCAAGCGAUGUCGAGAAACUGGGGGCAAAACUGGCAGAGCAAUUCGUACAUCAACGGCCAGAGCCUGUCGUUUCAGGUCACCACGAGCGACGGCAGAACGCUUACUAGCAACAACGCCGCGCCCGCGGGCUGGCAGUUCGGGCAAACAUUCACGGGGAGCCAGUUCUAAUUAAAUAUAUCGAAACUUUAAAAAAAAAUCGUUGGAAAUUAUUAUGUAAAACGAUUUGAUUUUUUACUUUUCGAGAAAAUCGAGUAAUGGCAUAAAAAAGGGGUGAGAGAGAAAGAGAGAGAGA